UAUAAACAUUUUACGAACGUCGUCAAACUAGUGCGGAGCUGCUUUAUAUGGUUUCCAUCGUUCUUGCUGUGGUGAAUGUGUGAGACCUGUGACAGUUGCAAUUAUUUAAGCGAUGCUUGAUGUUGAUAGAUGGAUAGAUAUCGCGAAAGAAUGCAAGUAUUUGCCAGAAAACGAUCUAAAGAAACUGUGUGGCAUUGUUUGCCGGCUGCUGUUGGAAGAAUGCAACAUUCAACCUGUCUCCACACCUGUCACUGUGUGUGGAGACAUUCAUGGGCAGUUUUACGACCUUGAAGAGUUGUUUCGAACAGGGGGGCAGGUUCCUGAGACAAACUACAUAUUCUUGGGGGACUUUGUAGACCGAGGCUACUACAGUUUGGAAACAUUUACUCGUCUUCUGACUCUCAAGGCUAAAUGGCCUGACAGGAUCACACUUUUGCGUGGGAACCACGAGAGUCGACAGAUUACCCAAGUGUAUGGAUUUUACGAUGAAUGCCAAACUAAGUAUGGGAAUGCAAAUGCCUGGAAAUACUGCUGCAAAGUGUUUGACCUCCUGACCGUGGCCGCUAUAAUUGACGAGCAAGUGCUCUGUGUUCAUGGUGGAUUGUCACCUCAGAUCAAGACACUAGACCAAGUACGAACAAUUGAGAGGAAUCAGGAGAUUCCCCAUAAGGGUGCCUUCUGUGAUCUUGUGUGGUCUGACCCUGAAGACGUGGAGACUUGGUCAGUAAGUCCACGAGGGGCUGGCUGGCUUUUUGGUGCUAAGGUUACCCAUGAGUUCAUGCACCUCAACAACUUGAAGCUGAUAUGCAGGGCACAUCAGCUAGUACAUGAAGGCUACAAGUACAUGUUUGACGACAAGCUGGUGACAGUUUGGUCAGCACCAAACUACUGUUACCGAUGCGGUAACAUUGCUGCUGUUCUCUCCUUCACGGAGGUCGACUCUCGAGCCGCAAAGUUAUACCAUGCAGUGCCAGACUCGGAGCGUGUGAUACCACCCCGGAACACAACACCGUACUUUUUGUAGCAUGGCUUGUGAUUUUGCACCUUUCUGUUUGGUCGUUGAUGUGCUGUGCAACAUGCUGUGCUUAUCCGUAGGCAGCCUGUGAAGCAGUGAGACGUCCAGUAAAAGGGAGGGCAGUUCUGCAUCAAUUCAAAGGAAUGGACUGUUGGUCCUGUCACCUGCCCUAAACGUACCUUGCCAGAGAGCUUGGAGAGAAUUUUUUUUUUUUUUUCAUUCUUCAGUAUUUGUUUACACAAAAAGUCAUUGUUUUAAGUGGCAAUGCACGUGUAAAUCAUCACAUUUUGUGGCAUUGUCACAAGAGGGCUGUGGCUGUUCUAACUGAAGUAACCAUAGGGUGAGGCAUGUUCGUUUUAUGAGAUUUGGCAUGUUAGAAUGUAAUGAAGGUUGAGUUUGGCCAUUC